AUGGGUUCCAUGCGACCGACAGGACGGUUUCUAUCAUUUACCAACAACAUACAGAGAACACAAAAGCAAUCGGUGCCCAGUGGUUUUCCACAAAGCUUAUCAGGCAGUGAGACAGAUGUAUCUACGUCCAAUGAGAACUUGUCAAGAGAGGAACGUUAUGUUGUACGACAUACAGCCCGUGUAGAGCCACAGGGUCAAGAAAACCAUAGUCAGUCUACAAAUAAUAAUAGGAGCUCUCUGAAGGAGAGUGUAACAGGCAGUAAUCGAAACUCUCUAAAAGACUCGGUGGGUGGUGGCAAUAGUAACCGAAGUUCAUUGGAUGUCUCUUCGUCAUCAUAUAACACUCUUAUUAUACACAACCAGGAUGAUUCUUGGCCUCCAAGACCUACGCCAAUUCGAGAACACGAACGAACAAGUAGUGAGGUGAAACACCCAACUACACAAUCUUCACCAUACCAUACAUUAAAAAAGUCUGAAGGUGUGAAGAAACCUAGUGGGAUACCUGUACCUAAACUUCACAAGGACCAAAUUGUUACGACCGCAGUGAACUACAUUGAUAUUGGAGGCCAAAGGAUUUAUACUAGCCCACCUGAUCAUGGUGUCCAGGAAAUAACUGAAAUCCCCGACGACUUUCUAAACCAGUCGUCUGUGUUAAAACACUUGGCGAAAGAAGUUGCUCAGUCACCGACUCCGCGUGGUCCGACCCCGCCAGCGUCUCCCCGUGCUUCUGCUCCACCGCGUGAUGAUUCUAGGAAAGCUAAGGGAAAAUGCUCUAAAGCUAAACUUAGCAAAGAGAAGCUAAAUCUAUCAAGAUCACAACCUGAUUUGACUAGUGUUGGCGUUCGUGCUGUACCUGGUGGCUCAGAAUCAAGUGGUUGGUGCAGUGGCGGUGAAGGGGAACUGGAAGAGCCCGACGAUGCUUUUACAGCAGUUCUGGACGCCCUCGCAGCCGAGAACCACCAGCUCAAGAGACAACUGCAGGAAGCUUGUGAACGUGUCGCUAAAACAUCAAAGCUGGAGGAAGAGGUGGAGAAGGUACGUACAGCUCACGAGGAGCUGGUGGGUUCGUGCGAGCGGAGGGAGCGGUUGGAGCGAGCGGCGCGGGUCCGACUGCAGGCCGACUGUCGACGGAUGCAGGAGCUUAACAGGGCUCUUAAACAACAGGUGGAGCUGAUGUCGCAAGGCGUGCGCACAGAGAGCGAUGGCACCGCGGACGCUCUACGCAAGGAGCUGCAGAGCAGAGAGAUGCUAAUAGCUCAACUUAUCACGCAGAACAAGGAGUUAGCAUGCGCCAAGGAACGCCAAGAAAUCGAAAUGGCGGCGCAGCGGGCCACUUUACAGGAACAACGCACACACAUCGACAUACUCGAUACGGCACUCACCAACGCACAAUCUAACGUUGUACGUCUUGAGGAAGAGUGUCGUCACGCAAGUGGUUACGUUGAGCGAGUGAUGGGAUUACAACGUGCGCUAGCCUCAUUACAGCAAGCGUCCGACCGGCGGGAAUACACCGAGAGAAAGCUGCGUGCUCAGCUGGAGAAAGAGUUGCAGACUUUACGAAAGCGAGAAUGCAAUUGCGGAGGCGCUAGUGGCCCGGGCGGCCCGGGCGGAGGCGAGGCGGAGCUAAGGAGGCAGCUGAGGGAGAGGGACGAGAGACUGCUGGCGCUGGAGGGCGAGUGCGCCAAGUGGGAACAGCGCUACUUGGAGGAAGCCGCGCUACGACAGGCUGCUGUCUCCGCGGCUUCUAUACCUAAGGACGCUAAAAUAGCGGCGCUAGAGAAGACAUCGGCAGAAUCUGAGCGCUUGAUGGCAGAAGCGCGCAACGAAAAGAUAAGGCACAUGGAUGAACUGCACUCAGCGCAGAAGAAAGUAGCGGACCUAGAAAGCAGAGUGAAGGAAUUAGAAUCGAAGGUGGCAGAACGUGACGCGAUGAUCAAAGUACUCCAAAAACACACUAGUGCUGCGUACGACAGCGGAGCUUCCCUCAGGAACAAUUCCAGCCGUGAGGAACUCGUGGGGCUGUCGUCGGGCGCGUCGUUCUCGAGCGCGGAGGGCGCGGGCGGCGUGCCGGCGCGCUACCGCCACCUGGCGCGCAGGAACUACUCGCCGCACAACGACAACUCCAGCGGGUGCGGGUUCGACAGCACGUCGCUCCGCUUGGACGAGCAGCUCGCAGCGCUGGAGUCGCGCCUGGAGCGGCCGCCCGUGCCCGCCCGCGGCCUUUGCUGUUUUCCUGGACUGGGUACAGUUGGAGCUCGCGGCGGUAGCGGUCGUGGUGAAGAAGCUCUCCUUUUAGAACGCCAAGGCCGAGCCUCGCAGCAGACCAGGUCUUCAAGUUUACCACCACCACCCUCCGCUUUACCGCGUCCGCCGAGGAAACCCUCCGCAAGAAAUACAAGAUACGACCGUUUAGAACAUAGAGAUGCUCGAAAGGACUCGGAUGGAUCUGGCUCUAUAGCAUCAAGUGCUUCUCGCAGUUCUCCUCUGCCCUACGAUACAGUCCGAAAACUGCCGUCAGUACCAACCUCUGCGUCUCUUCCUGCAGCUGAAUCAAGAGAAUCUCUCGUCCGCCCUAGAGACUCUAGUUUGCCUUCACCUUCGAAACUGGCUGUAUAUGCAGCAGCCAGGCGGCGGUCAGCAGAGUCCGCUAAAGAUAACAAACGCACACAUCACUACCGGAUUCAGUUUUAA